UAUCGCCUCGCUGUGCGGCCUUGACUCGCGUAAAGAAGAGCCGGCAUCUGCAGCGGAGCUCGCAGUCCGCGCCGCACGCCGCAGCUGUAACAAGCCACACACCGCACCAUGACGGAGGUCGUCAUUGUUUCUGCAGUCAGAACACCAAUAGGUGCCUUUGGUGGAUCCCUAUCAUCCUUGAGAGCAGAUGAAUUGGGCACUGUUGUAAUUAAAGAAGCUCUGCGCAGAGCUGAAAUAGAGCCUGAUAAAAUACCAGGUGUCUGUGAAGUAGUUAUGGGACAGGUUCUGGCAGCUGGGCAAGGUCAGAAUCCGGCUCGCCAAGCAGCACUCCGUGCAGGAUUACCAUAUACUGUCCCAGCAACCACUGUCAACAUGAUGUGUGGUUCUGGAAUAAGAGCUGUUGUUGACGGAUACCUAAGCAUAAGAAAUGGUGAUGCACAAUUAGCAGUGUGUGGUGGACAGGAAUCAAUGAGCCAGACACCUCAUGUAGUCAAUAUGAGAAAAGGAUUGAAGGUUGGAGAUACAUCCUUACGUGACACCAUAUUAUGUGAUGGUCUCACAGAUGCAUUUUAUGAUAUACACAUGGGAGAAACUGUGGAAAGAAUUUCUGACAAAGAAGGAAUCACUCGUGAACAGCAAGAUGAAUUAGCUCUCGAAUCUCAGCGUCGAGUUGCCAAAGCUCAGCAGGGAGGAUAUUUUGAUAAGGAAAUGGUACCAGUUCCUAUUGAAAGUUCAAAUGGGAAAAAAUUAGUAUCAAUUGAUGAACAUCCUAGGAAUGAUCUGAAGAUUGAGGACUUGCAGAAACUGAAACCAGCAUUUCGAAAGGGUGGAACUGUCACAGUUGGUAAUGCUACUGGUAUAAAUGAUGGAGCUGCAGCAUUAGUCUUGAUGACCAAAGAGCUUGCCUCAAAAAGAGGCUUAAAACCAUUGGCGAAGAUUGUAGGAUGGUCACAAGGUGGUCUUGACCCGCAGUACAUGGGCAUGGGACCAGUACCAGCUAUUGCAUCACUUAUGGAAAAGGUACAGUGGAAAAUAUCUGAUGUAGACCUCUUUGAGAUAAAUGAAGCCUAUGCUUGCCAGGCCAUAGCAGUAAUGAAGCAGUUGGGUCUGAGCCCAACAAAAGUUAAUGUCAAUGGUGGUGGAGUAGCUCUGGGACAUCCUCUGGGGUCUUCUGGAGCUCGGAUAAUAGCAACAUUGAUUUAUGCCUUGCAAAGGACAGGAGGCAAACGAGGUGUUGCAGCUAUCUGUAUAGGAGGUGGAAUGGGUAUAGCAAUUUGUAUUGAAAUAUGUUAAGGUUGCACAAAAUAAAAAGAAGGAUUAUACACCACCAUUGUUUUGAUACUGCAAACAACUCAUUAACUUCACAAUUAAUUAUGUAGCAGGUUAGGUUAGUUUGUUUUACUCACCAUGCUACCUAACAUGGUAUGAAGUGUCUGUAUAAUACUGUCAAAUCCUGGGAGAAUUGUUCAAUAUAAGUGGGCAUUUCCUUUUUUCCUAGAAUUGGACUUAUUUUCAAAAAUUGUGAUUCAGAUUUAAAUUGCAAAACUGCAUGGUGAUUUAAUAAUAAAUGUUCUUUGUGUGCUUUACAUAAAAUGAAUGACUUGUUCCAUCAUACAAAAAAUUUGUUAUACCCAAAUUAAUCAUCUAUAAAACAACUAUAUGCAAAAAUUUUCUGGCAAUAAAUAAAGUAAAACUAAAGUACACU